CCCCCCUUAGUGGAGUUUAAAUGAGCCCUGCGGUCCUCAGAUGUUUCACAGCUAAAAGUAACCAUUUAUACAGAAGACAUUACAUUUAUUUGCAUUUCCACGAGUCUUCCUCUAAGCUCAACAUUAUUGACUUCUUUCCUAGCCUUAACAUCUUGACUCUUUACUAAAGGAGUGAACAUAGCCUGUGGAUCCAAAAAGUGACUGAUCCUUUCUUACUAAUGGCCAACAGGUGGCGACCCACCAGCCACGUUCUACAGUAGUGAGCCCACUUCUCCCUUUAUUUCUGACCUCAGUAAACCCGUUCUUAACGAGUUCAUGGUUUCAGGUGCUAGUUUAAAAAUCUUAGUCAAUGCAGUCUGAUGUUCAUUUUGUAAAUUAUGAUUUUGAGCGAUAGAGCAGGGUUAUGCCUUAGGGUGUGGCUGUCUUGUGAUUUUGACUGGCAGUUCGUUACUGUCCCACUCCUGAUCGUCUGCUUUCAAAAAUCCAAGAUGACAACACCCAAAACGCCAGGCCCACAAAAUGAUGGGUGAAGUCAUAGUCGGUACAUUCAUUUUUAUAUAUUCUAGGUAUAUAACACUAGCUAGACUUUCCAUAAUGUGACUUUGCAAAUGCAUUCACAUCCACAUAAGUUGAAUAACACCUAGCUCUUACACACAAACACACACACACCCCUCCUUUGAGGUUAGAAUUUGGUCACUGUACCAAACUUGAGUAGGCUUUUUAUUGGUAAACAACAUUAGUGACACAAAAAGCGGUACUUAUUUUCUAGCCCUUGUAAUGAAGUGAACUUCCCUCCAACACCGUGCUAUUUAUAUUUCCGUAGAUUUGUAAGCCUCGAUGAGCUGGCGGCACUGUUUUUCUUGGCUUUCCUGAAUGAAAAGUUUCUCCCUCCCUACUUCAUCCUGACACUUUUACCAUCCUGUCAUUCCUUUCUUGUUUUCUCUGCGUCCGCUGCGUUUUACAUGUGCAGAUGUGACAUUUUUACAUUGCAGAGAGACUCCCGUCAAGCCUCACCCUCCUGCUCCCUUGUUCUGGUUUCUUCUUCUCUGUUAUCCAGCUUUGUUGGACUAACGCUUUUUUGUGGCUUUCUCUUUUAUGUGGAACAGAAAGUCCCAAUUAAUCCAAGGUAAAUUGUGAUAACCACCCUGCCUGUAUCAUAAUCAGUAACAGAAUUUGUUUACAUUCAGUGUCACUUUUUUAAGUUUCGGAGCGUUUUCACACCUUUUUUUACACUCUGUUCUAAAUCAAUUGACGAGUUUGUAAACUUGUAUGUUUUUCCAACAGAGAAAACUCCAAGUGAACUGAAAUGCGUCACUACAAAACCAUGUGAGGAGGUUUGAGAAACCAGGAAGUAGUGUGAGAUUUGCAAGCCUUUCAUCGCCAUGAUACAAUACUUCCUGCUCUUUGUCCUGUCUUCUGGGCUGGUGUUAUCAUCUGACUGCCCAGCAAGCUGUGACUGCCCAAUGCAGGGGUCAAUAUUCUGCAUUAAUCUUCCUGCCCCCAUUGUGCCUCGUGUCCCAACAACGACACAAAAUCUCUACAUCUUCCAAAAUGCCAUCAUUACUUUGGCUCAAGAAGACUUCAAAGGUCUAAUGGAGUUGGAGCUUUUAGAUCUGAGCCAGAAUGAGCUUACAGAGAUUCCGGAUGGUGUAUUUGAGAUGUUGUCAAAACUGAAGAACUUAGACUUAUCCACUAACCAGAUUACCCAUAUAUCCAAAGGCAGUUUUUCUGGCUUGGUACAGCUGGAGAGGCUGUAUCUUCAUUCAAAUCGCAUACAGAGCAUUCAUUUGGAAGCUUUUGAAGGUUUAGAAAAGUUGCUAGAACUAAAACUGCAAGGGAAUCAGCUAACCUCGCUCCCAUCACUUCAGUUCCCCAGUCUUCUCCUUUUAGACCUCAGCAACAACAAUAUUCCAACUUUGAGUCCCUCAGACCUACAGACUCCCCACCUGGAGACACUUAAGGUGGCCUCUCUAAAGCUUACUACUUUACAUGAGGAUCUCGUAGUCUCCCUGAAGAAUCUUCAUGAGCUAGACAUUUCAUCAAACCAGUUAGCUGAGGUUCCCAGGGCCCUAAAACAUGAUUUCCUAAAAGGGCUGACCAAGCUGAGCUUGGCUGGCAACCCAUUGGGGGAUCUGAGGGUGGAGGACUUUGAUAAAUUAUCUGGGCUUCAAGAACUGGAUCUCAGUAGUCUAAAUCUCCAGGGAUUCCCACCACAUUUUUUUCACACUUUCCCCAAGUUGAGAACCCUGACAACAGCUAAGAAUCCAUUUGACUGUUUGUGCCCAUUAGCCUGGUUCCCUGUCUGGCUAAAAGAGAAGAAAGUGAUUCUUGAGAGACAUGAAGAGACCAGAUGCCACUUUCCUCUAGUUAAUGCUGGGAAGAUGCUUUCAGAACUGGAUCACAAAGAUUUUGGAUGUCCAUCAACCACAACAUUGCAAAUGGGCUCUCCCAUUGGAAGUACUUCUGUUCCACAGUUGCCAUACACAUCUCCAAGAACAACCCAUACCAAUGCUAUUCCUCCUCCUCCACCACCUAGUGAAGAAACUAUCUCUCCAAAAACAGAACCUCCAGUCUUCCCAAGCUCCACCAGUGGGCAAUACGAGCACUUUUGUCCACCAAACAUCUGCCUUAAUGGAGGCACUUGUUAUUUUGACCCAGUGGGAGAACUCGGCUGUUUGUGUCUGUCAGGGACAUUUGGCCUCUACUGUGAAAAUAUGGAUGAUGUUCCUCAACCACCAGCAACUGAAGAUUCUAUAGUUACCACCGAGAUGCCUGAUAAAUUUGAUGCCAUCAGUUCACGUCAGGUGACCUCCACAUCAAUCCUUCUUGACUUGCAUCGGUUUAUCAAGUCACAGCCGCAUAUUCGUGGCAUCAAAUUGACCUACCGUAACCUCUCAGGGCCUGAUCGCCGAUCCAUUACACUGAAUGUUCCACCCAACUAUCCUGAAUACACUUUACGUGGUCUGAGACCAAACUGUACCUAUUCAGUCUGUGCUAGUCCUUUGGGAGAGAAAAUCAGCUCUCGGGCCAACAACUCUGCUGAAAUGGGGUCAUGUACAGAGGCUCGUACCGAAGGGAUUCCAGUGACAUCCUCAGAGCCCUGGGUGGAGACACAGGCAUCUAUGACAUAUACUCUCAUACCUGCUUUAGCUGCUCUUGCACUGGUGCUGGGAUUGGCUGUGGUGGCUGGGACAAUCAUCUGUCUAAGGAAAAGGAAGCAGGCCAAUUCUGGAUUGGAGCCUGAACUGGGCCCCACUGACCCUGAUCCCAUGGAACUGGAGGGGAAACCUUGUCUGGAGAAUGGAGGAAACGGUACAACACCCCUCAAACAGCCGGAGAUCGAUCAUUGUUUUACUCCUCAACCACUUCCAUACAUGCAACAAAACGGGGGGUUGGACUAUGUAGCACUCUUAGUGCAAGGGCACUGCCCUUCAAAUAACAAUGUCACGUCACUAAAACCAUCUUAUUUCUAACUGUUGGGAAGAUUUUGUAAAGACUCCCCAUCCAUAGUUUCUGAUCCUGAUAUCGCUCACUUAGUGAUUGAAAUCGAAUUUUCAGUCCAAACAUCCAAAAUUCAAAAAGUGGCAUUUACUAUCCUUUCAAGGUCAAAAGGUGGCACAACAAAGUGGAUGAUUUAUUUCAGAGUCAGUGAAUGGUAAAAUUACAAUGACAUCAUAUUGGAAGUUUGCAAAAUGAAUGGGAAGUGGUUUAAAAGUCAUCAAGCAGGAUUAGAUGGUGGUGAAACCUAACUGAGUGCAAUUUACUAGAAAGGUCUUAGCGAACUGAAAACGGAAGUGCCUUUUGCAUUGACGCAACUGUAACUGACAGUUCUUUUUAAAAAUGUUUUUGUUUAUAAAACAGAAACAAUGUGACUGAGUUGUAAUCCUGUUGCUGGAUUUAGUAGAUAUGGUAUGGGGAAAGUGCCUGAGUGUUUGAGCUACAGAACUGGAUCACGUCACUGGUGUAUAUGAAAACACCUGGACCACACGUCCCAAUACAAACUGGAGUUUCAACCAACUCUGACCGCACCAUAAGGAUUAUAAAAAGAUCUUGCACUGAAAAAAACAUUUGGAUUUUCCUUUCAAAUGUUCCACUUAUAGACUGUCACAAGGUUAAUGCUCAAAAGGAAGUGGAAUUAAUAAAAAUAUUUUGAAAAUUAGCAUUAAGCUGAUGACCAUAUGAGCUGUGUGAACUCUAUAUUAUGUUGUGGACAGUAUCUGAAACAAAAACAUGCAAGUGUCUUGUGCAGAUUUGGAUUCUUCUGACCCAUCAACCAUAAUUCUGCCACAUCAUUUGUUUUUUGUGGGAAAUAUAUUUGCUGUGAAAGGUAAAUGGGAAUGGAUUUUGCCUGCAUUGUUCUGUGCCGUCAGAGGCAGAUUAUUAGUGUUUAGUUGAUAUUAUGGUAUUCCAUUUUUGUCAUGUCUUUUUGUAUUUUUAGCAUGUCUUUUGUUUUUUUUUUUUUGUUUUUUUGCAGUAUUGCUAACAUGAGUUUAAACAGUAAUUGCCCUUGCCUAUAAAACCAUGCAUAAAUGAUGGAUUUUUGACUGUCCUGAGUGGAGAAGUAAAUGGAGAAGUAAAUCAAAGCUAAAGUUCUCCAAAGAUGAGAUCCAAAAGCAGCGAGGAGUAAUUAAAUAUCUACUAAAGCUGAUUCAUAAAACUACUUUAAUCAAAACUCAGCCAUUUUUACAUAAAAUACAGACUGCUUUUUGUUUUUU